AUGAUUCUUCGUUUGAUAGUCCUCUGCUGUAUAUUAUUUUCAACAAAAACAUACGGUCUACGUCGUCGAUGCAACAAUACAGGAGUUUUAUUCUUGGAUAAGGUUCUUGGCUCGCCAAUUGUUGUUUAUGGUGAACCAACGCGUAAAUCGAUUUAUCUGGAAACUGACACGGAACUAUUGUUCAAUGUGACAUUCCGAGUUGAUUGUGUUUUGAAGGCCACAGAUAUCGCCGAUAAAAUCGAAAUAACUGGCGCAGGUAUCAAAGCCGAACGGAUGGCAUGCCAAUGGCUUGAUCCAGGAAAUGUUUACAUUGUCUUUCUCGAAAAAUGUCCAUCGAAUUCAACUCUAUAUUGUCCAUUAGAUUACCAAGAACGUGUAGUUGAUGACAUGAUGCUUGAGUUAUUACAAAGAACAUGUCAUCUAACCAGCCGUCCUCCAUUACAUUCGACAGCAAAUCAUUGUCCCAAUGUUUCAAUGGCCGAAUUUUGUUCAGAUGAGGAAGGUCAAUUCAAAAUCAUUCCGAAAUCAAAAUAUGUCGAUGAUGAUAGUCAGGUAAAUAUGAAAAUAUCGUUCAAUAACAGCAAUCAAUUCUUUCCGCAAACAAAUCCGACUAAAACACGAUCAAUCGCAGAUCAAAUUGCAGAUAAUCCAAACAGUCACGGUCGUUUAGCACCAUUAGCUUCAAUGUGGAUGGCACUUCUUGUCAUUUUUGUAUGUAAUUAG